UUCAGCGCGCGCCGCUUCCUGAGCGGUCCCCUCCCGUGCGCCCCGCCCCGUUCUCUGGAGGCAGCAUCUUCUGCCGUGGCAGCAGCCUUAACAGCAGCCGCAGCCUCAGCAACAGAAGCAGAAGCAGCGGCCCCAGCCCCCGCCCUGAUCCGGCAGCAGGUGCCUCACCAGCCGGCUCCACCCUCCGGUUCUUCCCUUUCCAAGCAUACUCACCUUCCUCCUCUUGGCCAAGGUCCUCAGUCCCUUCAGCCCUCACCCGCGCCCCAGCCUCUCUCCUGUCCCCUCCAAAUGCAGGCUGCUGUCACCCUCCCCGAGGAGAUCCGUUGGCUCUUGGAAGAUGUGGAAGAUUACCUGGUAGAAGGUUUGCAGAAUGAGAACCUUAGUACCAGUGCGUGGGAGAACAGAGAUGCAAUUCUACGGGGUUUCCAGAAGAUCAAAGCCAGAUACCAUUUGGAUUUCCAGCCCCGAGGAGGUGAUCAACCUGAAAAUUACUCGGGGCAUGACAGCUCUGAAGACAAUCCUAGUGGGGUUCAUGGCCCUUUCUUAAUGUCAGAUGCAUCUUUUAUGUCAGAUUAUCAGGAUGAAGAAAUGGAAGACAUCAUCACAAAAGGAGCCCAGGAGCUAGAGGAUAUCAUAAAGCAGGGGUACCUGGAGAAGAAAUGCAGAGAUCAUGGUUUCUUUGGCUCCGAGUGGCAGAAGCGAUGGUGUGUUGUCAGUAAAGGAAUCUUCUACUACUACUCUAAUGAGAAAAGUAAGCAGCCCAAAGGGACCUUUUUCAUCAAGGACUACAGUGUGCAGAUGGCCCCCCACCUGCGAAGAGAUUCCAAGAAAGAAUCCUGCUUUGAGCUGACCUCACUGGACAGACGUAGCUAUGAGUUUACAGCUAUUAAUCCAGCCGAAGCCAGGGACUGGGUGGACCAAAUAAGUUUCUUGCUGAAGGAUCUAAACUCCUUAACCAUCCCCUAUGAAGAAGAAGAAGAGGAGGAGGAGGAAACAUAUGAUGAUAUUGAUGGCUUUGACUCUUCAAAUACUGGUCCACAUCGAAAACCCAUUAUCUUUCCUGGGAAUGUGGGGAAGAAAGAGAUGGGGAUGGAAGAGGACCAUGAGAAGGAGAAACAAGAGGACGAAGAUAUAUAUGAAGUCCUUCCAGAUGAAGAGCUCGCUCUGAUUGAAGACAGCAAUGGAAAUCAGCCAAAAAGAGGAAACUAUGCUACUUAUUACCAGGGGCUUUGGGACUGUACCAGUGACCAUCCCGAUGAGCUGCCCUUCCAGCGAGGGGAUAUCAUCCGAAUCCUGAGCAAGUCUUUUACAGUUUCUUCCUUUGAGAAAAGGGCUGUUCAGUGGGAUCAUUCUGGCCUCUAUGAAAAUCCCUCUUCGUUGUGGGUCUUCAAUUCUUGCUUUUUCAACUAUUGACCUCCCAAGUCUUCUGACUGUGAAAUCCCCCCCACGUCUGUUGUCAUGGAAAGGCCUGUGAGAGCUGACACAGAGCCCAGGCUAAGAAUGGCACCUCUUUGGCGGAACUUGGACAUGGAUUCCAGAAGAGUCAGAGGAGCAAACCUUUUUGAUGUGUGUAUGUGUGUGCGCGCACUUGUUCCCACACUAUCUCCCUCAUACCUGUUUUUUUCCCACCUAUAAAUACCCUUUAUAGUUUACACGCUUGCCUGCUCGACUUUGUGGAUGUUCAGGAGCAGACAUACUGUUCCUUUUCAUAAACGUACAGCAUCUAUCUUACACGCACCCACUAUCUAUCUCCCCAUUCACGUCGGCUGUCCCAUCCACCUCCUUGUCUGCAGAAUUAUGUUCAGCAAGGUCCCGAUUUAUAGGAAAUAAAUAAUGAAAAUGGCACAGACUGGGAAAGAUAA